AAUACUCGCACGUUCUGAAGAUGGCAGAUAACAAAAGAAAUGUGAGGGGAAACAAUGUUUAGUGUCUGUUCUUAAACGUUCAGAAAGUCGAAAUUAAUGUCAUAAACGUGAAAUUCUCUGGUGGUGUAAAAUUUGCAGUGUCUCGUAACGCGAAAUUAAUCUGACGUACGAAAUGGCAAAGUUACUUCGUGGCCCAUCAGUACAACUCGCCAACAUUCUAAGGUUUAUGUCCAGUGGGAAACAAAAAUCCUCUGGACCUACGGGAUGUAAUAAUAAACCUUCUGAGAAAAAACCAGAUCCUUGUAAGGAAAAACCAGAUCCUUGUCAGAAAAACCCAGAUCCUUGCGAGAAAAAAUCAGAUUCUAGUGCGAAAAAACCGGAUCCUUUCGCGAAAAACCCAGAUCCUUGUGACAAAAAACCAGAUCCCUGUGCGAAGAAACCGGACCCCUGUGAGAAAAAACCAGGUCCCUGUGCGAAGAAACCGGACCCCUGUGAGAAAAAACCAGGUCCUUGUGAGAACAAACCCGAUCCUUGUGCGAAAAACCCAGAUCCCUGCAACAAAAUUUUAGAUGCAACACAAUUCGCCAUAAAAGAUAAUGCUGCAAUUUAUUCCAAAAAAAGCGAUUGUGCAUCUAGUGAGAAAAAUUAUGCUCCAGGAAUUGAUUUAAGCAAUCCUUGUGGCGGAAAAUCUUAUGUUCCACCUUCAGUGCCUCCUAAGGAAUCUUGUCACUGUGAUGAACCCGCGAUGGAAUUUUGCCCUGUUACCGAAAAAAUGAAGGCCCGAAUGAAAUUUUGGCAGUUUGCAAGUCUCUUCGGAGCAAUUCCUGCUGUUGGUUUGGCACUGACAAUCAUCCUACCGGCUAGUCACGAAUCAAAAAAGAAACCACGAGACGAAUACGUCAACUAUUCAUACAUGCAUCGUAUUACAAAACCUUAUUGGUGGGGAGAUGGUCAUCACGGUAUUUUUCAUAAUCCGGUUGUAAAUCCAAUUCCACCAAAUGGUUACGAAGUGCCAGAUCCUUAUGCAGUGGAUGGUAAUAAAGAAGGAGAUGGAAAACAUUGAAUUACUGAAAUGGAACCUUGGACUUACGAAAUAAUAUGCAAUCGAUAGAAAAAUUGUUAGAAAACAUCUUUAUAGUUUGAAAUUCGAAUAAAAAAAGGAGUUUCUGAUUUGGAAAAA